AUGGCCGACAGGCAGCUUUCCUGGGGAUGUUGCAACGCAGAUAUAAAUGAAGAUGAUUAUAUUCAAUGUUCAAAAUGUUGUAACGUAUAUCACUAUGGCUGCUUGGGCAUCAACUCAAACACAAGAAUACAAAAAAACUGGAACUGUUUGAAGUGUAGUAAAUCCAAGAAAUGUAAUAAUGAUGAAACGCCUAUACGUUCAAGCACUAAUAAUCGGUCCAAUACAAACGUCAACGAUUCCAACGUCACUAAAAGAUCAUAUAAAAGACAGGCCUUGAGUUCCCCAACAUCACCUAGCUCAUCUACGACCAUUACGUUAGAUCAAGUACGUUCUAUUGUCAACGAAGUCUUUGAAAAGGAAAUGUCGAGUUUAUUAGACAAUAUCAACAAAACUAUAACUUCUACCGUCAGCUCUUACUUAAAAAGUAUUGACAGCAAAAUUGAGGACCUACAGCACUCGAUCUCAUUUAUGAGCGCCCAAUAUGAUGACAUGAAGAAGCAAAUUGACACGUAUUCUGACAUAAUUAAUAAACAGAAACAGGACAAUGAAUCCCUUCAGAGCACCGUAGCGAGUCUUACUAACAAAGUGAAUCUAAUGGAACAACAAGCCCGGUCUAAUAACAUCGAGAUUCAGUGUGUCCCGAAUCAAAAAAUGAAAAUU